AUGUUUGUAUCUAGUGAAAGUAUUAAUGAAAAUAUAUCUAAUAUUGAAGAUGAGAUAUUUUUAUCUGAAGAUGAAGGUUCUUCUAAUGAAAGUUCAGAUGAAACAGAUACUCGACGGCCAGCUGCACAUAAGUAUCAAAUAAACAAACAAAAAAAACAACCUUCAAAUGAUAAAGCAGUUACCCUUUCUCAAAAAAUAUGCGAUGACAGGAUUAUGUGA